GGCAGACAAGGGGCCUUUAGUCCGAAGCCGCAACACAACAUCAGCACACCUGCAGCAUCAGACCAGGAGCCCACCCCGGCCGCCCGGUCGCUACCUAAACCGUUGGCGGGGGUGGACAGGGUGGACAGGGUGGAUAACUUCAUGGACCAGGUGGAAAGAUGGAAAGGUGGGAAAUGGUGGGCAGGAAGAUCUCUGGCGUGACUCGGCGAUAACGGCCAACUCUAACCCAUCGAGCCACCAAAAACGCCCGGUCUGGGGGUUAGACUUGCUUCCAGCACACGCUGCUUGAUUGAAGAAAGUCAUUGAAAAUCUGCUGUCUUCCCCCAUUGCUGUCGCCCUAGAAUCGAACUCGUACUAUACCCACGAAUACAACUACGACCGAAGCUACCUAGCUUGCGAUAAAUUAUUCCCACCUUGGCCUCACCCACCUUUAGCCGACUGUCAAGAUAUAUCUCGACUGAGUUUAUUAACUCAUUGUCUCCCUAUCUGCCGUCGAUUCAAUCGAGCCUUUUUUUCUUUCUUUCUAACGGAUUCUCGCCAUCUUCCGAUACCUUUCUCUACACCCUUUAAUACCCCACGACCAUGUUCGCAACUCGCGCUCUUCGCCAGGCAACUGCCCACGCCGCUGAGCGUACACCUAUGAUUCGCUUCAUUGGCAAGCGAGAAAUUCCUUCCAACAUCGACCACUCGCCUCAUCCACACCCGGCCUCCCCAACUGGCUCCUUGCCGGCCAACUUCGGCAACACUCACAAGACAUUUUCCGCCUACCGCGACUCGGCCCAGCAACAUGGACCUCUACGCAAGUCGCUCGGUUCAAUUCCUGCCUCCAAGCUAGGGCCUAUCGAGGCGCCCAAGGGCCAGUUCUUCGACCGCAGCGAGCUUCCCGAGCGCUUCCGAAGAGUGCCCUUGACCCUUGCCGAGAUUGAAGCCAUCGAGACUGGAGGAGCUACCCUCAUUGGUUGAGUCUCUCUUGCAUCUGCAAGAGAGACGAGCCGGUCAUUGUAUGAGGAAACGACGGCAUAUUGUGAUUUGUACGAUGAACGACGUUGUAAUACCACGACAUCGGGACAGGCGGCUUGAGAAUGAGUGAACACGGAUAUUAAGGAUUUUAAGCCCUAUGUGAAAUUGAACGACCUUUAGACGGUUGGAAUCACUAAGACGAACCUGGAAGAAGGUUAUAGGAUGCUGGCGGGGCGCUAGCUCCAUUCCCAAGAUGUUUCGGCGGGCGCACAUCGAUGAUUUGAGAGGUAUACCCUCCCCUACAAUACUCAAUUCCUUCAGCAUGAGCAUGGUAUGGGAAAAGCCUAAAUUGUUUUCGGGGCAGGACAAAAUGUCCUAUAGUCCUUGGUUGGCAUUGGCGAAUGGGCGACCGCACAGCUAGACAUUGUGCUGUUGCUGUUGAUUUUUCACGAGUAUAUAAAUGCGCAUUGAACUUGUCAAUCUUGACUGUCAUCUGAAUUGUUCCAUUCUCAGUCUAUCACUUACCACCCUCGCGCACCUGAGGUAUUUGUAGUUAGAAGCAAUUUAGUCAAUGGAUCUUACGACUCUUACAUGCCCUAAUAAUUCUGGUCUUAGUAUGAACUUCAAAGAUUGAAUCAAUGCCCUAUAAGCAAGAUCUAAG